AUGGGACCAGGCAAUGACACCCAAAUUUCAGAAUUUUUUCUUCUGGGAUUAUCAAAUGAACCAGAAUUACAGCCCCUCAUAUUUGGACUUUUCUUCUCCAUGUACUUGAUCAGUGUCUUUGGAAACCUGCUCAUCAUCCUGGCUGUCAGCUCUGCCUCCCACCUCCACACGCCUAUGUAUUUCUUUCUCUCCAUCCUGUCCUUUGUGGACAUUUGUAUCACCUCUACCAUCAUCCCAAAGAUGUUGGUAAAUAUACAGACACAGACUAAAAUUAUAACCUAUACAGGAUGCAUCAGCCAGAUCUAUUUUUCCACACUCUUUGCAGGCUGGGACAACUUUCUCCUGGCCGUGAUGGCCUAUGACCGCUUCGUGGCCAUCUGUCACCCCCUGCACUACACGGUCAUCAUGAACCCCCGGCUCUGUGGACUGCUGGCUCUGGUGUCCUGGAUCACGAGUGUCCUGAAUUCCUUGUUACAAAGCUUAAUGGUGCUGCGAUUGUCCUUCUGUACAAACUCAGAAAUCCCUCACUUUUUCUGUGAACUCAAUCAGAUGACCCAGCUUGCCUGUUCUGAUACCUUUCUGAACGACACAGUGAUGUAUAUUUCAACGGUGUUGCUGGCCGGUGGUCCCCUUGCUGGGAUCCUUUACUCUUACUCUAAGAUUAUUUCCUCUCUACGUAGAAUCCCAUCAGCUCAGGGCAAGUAUAAAGCAUUUUCCACCUGUGCGUCUCACCUCUCAGUUGUCUCCUUAUUUUAUUGCACGGUCCUGGAAGGGUACCUUAUCUCCUCUGCUACCCAGAACUCCCACUCAAGUGCAACAGCCUCAGUGAUGUACACGGUGGUCACGCCCAUGCUGAACCCCUUCAUCUACAGCCUGAGGAACAAAGACAUAAAGGGGGCUCUGAGGAGAUCCUUCGGGAUGGCAGGGACAAAAGGGACCAUCGUCCUGCUGGUGAAGAAGUGCCCUUGA